GUUCCUGUUUGUGUUGGUGUGCCUCACAAUGGGAGUAUUGUCCUCAAUUUCAGAGUUCGAGAAGUUGCUCCUGCAGUAUGCUGUCUACCUGGAGAUCGUGAUGUUGCUAUGGAUUCUCCUGGAGCUGGGUCUCCGGGUGUGGUCGGCUGGAUGUCGGUCCCGCUACCAAGGAAAAUCUGGGAGACUGCGGUUCUUGAGACGACCACUCUGUCUUAUAGACAUGAUCCUGGUACUAGCCAGCGUCAGCUCCCUGAUUGUUGGAUCCACUCAAGAACACUUCUCCCAGGCUGUUCUCAGUGGUCUUCGCUUCUUCCAGAUCCUCCGCAUGGUUCGGAUGGACAGAAAGGGGGGCAGCUGGAAACUGUUGGGUUCUGUGGUUUGGGCACACAGACAGGAGCUAGUGACCACCCUCUACAUUGGACUGCUAGGACUUAUCUUCUCCUCGUAUUUUGUUUACCUGGCCGAGAAAGACGAACCAAGAAUAGAAAACGGGCCCAAAAGCCAGUUCAAUAACACCGAAUACAAGCCCAAGUUUAGCAACUUCGCUGACGCCAUCUGGUGGGGAGUGGUAACGCUUUGCACUGUGGGCUACGGUGACGUAGUUCCGGCUACAUGGGGUGGCAAGGUCAUCGCUUCGUUUUCAGCUAUUCUGGGCAUAUCGUUUUUUGCUCUGCCUGCGGGGAUCCUCGGUUCUGGGUUUGCCUUGAAGGUCCAGCAGCAGCAGCGACAGAAGCAUCUCAACCGUAGGCGUAUCCCCGCAGCCAACCUGAUCCAAUGUCUGUGGAGGUGUUACGCCGCUGACGAGCUCUCCAUGUCCACGGCCACUUGGAAACCUCAUCUCAUACCGUGUCCCAGUCCUCCCUCGGAACGGACGUUCAAGAACAAUACGUCAUUUGUCAGCCGUUUCUCCACCAGGAGGCGGGACCGUAGCAACGCUACUGGAAGUUUUACCCGGGACGGGGUUCAAUCCCAGUCACCAAUGUCCGCCAGGCACCACUGUAGGCGCUCUGCCAUCUCUGCCAGUGAGGAGGAGGUAACAACAGUGAUGGACAGGAGCCACCUGAGCCUAGCCACAGGGACGGAUCACAGGUACCAGCUGGACACUGUGCCCUUCAGGAAGGAGAACUCGGUGACUUCCAUCGGGAAAGAGUCAGAAG